AUGGCAUUUUAUUUUCUUCUUCAACUGUAUAUCUGUUGCCUGGUGCUCUUCUCAGGUAAAAUAACAUAAUAUUGUUAAUAUUACUGCAUGUUUAUGAAGUAAAAUCUACGUUCGUUAGAGUCGGCUGCCAACAUUCGCCAUGCAUCAAGAGGAAACGUUCCUUCUUACAGAGGGGCUUCAUUUCAUAGGGUGUAAGGGGCUUCUUGACAAGCAGAAAAAAUAAAUAAAAUAAUCAAUAAUAAUAGGAAUGAUAAUGAUAAUAAUUCUAAGAAUAAUAAAACCACGUCAAAAUUUCACCAAAAGUGAAUAUUCAUUUAAAUGGCCAAAUCUGCAUCUUGCUUAUAAUAUAAUCUCUUGUAUGUAUGUCUAUAGGGCUUAUAGGGAGGCAAUGUUCGGAUCAUGCUGAUCCUACAUCCUACAUGUAUGAUCACAUAGAUUAUCUUUUAUAAGAAUGGUCAUGUGUUGGGGUGAUCUGCGCUGAUUGAAAUGUACAGAUUUAACAGUCUGCAUGCGAUCAAAAUAAAGGAAUAUGUAGCGGGCGUGUCCUCUAAAAGAAUGCUUAACUUGACAAUUUGGUUUUCCUGUAGAGCUUAGCUGGUCACAUUUGAAAAUUUCUAGGUCUUAGCUAUGAUCUUUUUGAUCGUGACUGCGUCAUUGAACACAACAAGCUGAGAAGGCUCCAUGGCGCCCAGCCCCUCUCCUGGUCUGAAGCCCUCGCCGAGGACGCGCAGAAAUGGGCGGAAUAUCUUGCAAUUAACGACAAAAUCGAACAUGACGGGGAGAGUUUAGCCGAAAGAGACGAGGGAGAAAAUAUCGCUUGGUUCGUGCCACCUCAGCCUAAAUGCGAAGGACCUUGGAAACCGAAUUGUGUGACUUGCGCCGAGGUAGUACAAAACUGGUACGAUGAAGGAAAAAACUACAACUAUCAGCAAGGGACAGCAAAAGAAUCUGGUUUACCAAUCAAACAUUUUGCACAGGUAAGACUGUUUGUAUAUUUUGUCAGUAUUAUAUUUUGCCUUUAUAUUCUCAAACAUUGACACUACCUGGGACAUGUGCUGUUCUCCAACCGUAGAACGGUCAAUAUCCAUACAGCUGUUCCACAUUUAGCUUAACUGAGACCACGAGGUUUACACAAAGUCCGAUUGUCAAAAAGGCGCCCCCAAUACAACAUGGCGUUAGUUUUACUAAAAUCUAUGGCGCGCGCGUCGAGUUUCACAUUAACUUAUUGAAUAUUCCGUUAACAUGUGCAUAUGUUAAGGUUGAAAGCUUCGAGAAAGAUAACUACAUGUAUUUUUUCUAGGUUAUUUGGAAUGCAUCUAUGGAGAUUGGCGUCGGUAGCGCAAUCUCUAAAUCGUUCGGGUUUAUAUCAGUGGCACGGUAUUCUCCUAAAGGAGGGUCCGGUGGACCAGAAGCGUUCAGGAGAAAUGUGUUUUCUAAAGGUAUUAUGAUAAAGUGAAAUGAGACUAUGUUGAUAAUAUCCGACUUUGUAUAUGCAAAAUAUCAUGGUUGUGCUCAGCUGCUUUUGAUAAUAUUAUCAUAAAUUAGCAUGCCAUCCUGAAUGGAAUAAUGUAAAUGUUCUGACCCUCUGAAAAUGUCCUCAAUGGUUCCACCAUGACAAUGCCCUGAUUAAGACAAAAGAAGUGUUAGAUAAAAAUUAAUGCGGCUUUAGCUCGUUUUCUUGUGAGGACCGUUAUGGCAGCAACAAAAAAGAAAAUUAACAUUAAUACGAUCAAAACUCGCUAAGACAAAUGCCUUGGGACCGGGAAUGUGAGUACGCCUUAGAGAAAUGUCCGUCUUAUAAAGAAAAGAAGUGGGACGUCACUAAAAUUCAAAUUUGUGGAAUUAUGGGACUGGCUAACAUAUACAGAAAGAACAAGAUGGAAAAAGCCCCCUUGCCAAAAAUCAGCCUGUUAGUGCAAAUUGGUCAGGAGUGCACCGGUUUGCAGUGAUGACUCCAUACAAAUCCUUCUACAGAUGGCUUGGAUCGUAACGAUCGAGGCCUCUUUUAGAAGUAUUUAUAUGGAGUCAUCGGAGCAUAACGUUGCCAAUAUCUCCUCUCUCCUGCUCCUCACCAAUGCGCACUAACAGGAUCAUUUUUGGCAAGGGGGCUUCUUCAUCGUUUUCUGAUUUCCACCUCUCUCUUAAAAUGAAACUUGCGUAGUUGUAUUCAAAUAAACACCAAAGUAGGGAUUCAGUUAUAACUGGUCAUGGGCGACCUUCCUGGUAUUGAAGAGUCCUGUCAUCUACAAAAAACCUCUUGUGAUAGUUACUAAACUGCUUUAUUUGUCUUUUUGUCGUUCCUUACAGGCACAUUACAAGAACCAAAUACAACUAGAGAAUCAGGUAUUACUUAAAUGUAACGAUCAGGAUCGGUUACAUAAUACACUUAAGAGACUACUUGUUUUUUACGGACAGCCCUAAAUCGAGGGAAAGUAUUAGAGCGAACCGUCUCCCAAUGAAUCAGUCAUUGGGCGUCUUGCAUAGCUCCAAAGAAAAUCUGAAGUGGACUGAUCUCUGUUUCCUUUUUUUAUAUCUGACAAUAAGGAUGGAAGAAGAAAUCAUCCGUGACCAACACUCCAUUCGAUCCCUUUUGUCCGCCAUUUGGCUAUACUCUUGUUCGUUUGGAAAGGUCGUCUGCCCUAAUGUAGGUUUUACUGUAUUAGAACACAACUUAACGUAACAGGGCUUAAACAACCCGACUCUGCCGGAUUGUGUGAUUAUCGACCACAUUACACUGAUUGGCAUUUUGAAUGGGACUGAAAAACCAACAUUUUUAACUGAUAUUGAUGAAAAGUAAUCCUAAUAAAUGUACAGUUAACAAGCCUUCCAGUUCCAGCCCUUAGAGAAAAGAUUGACUUAAGUUUUGGGAAAUGUUAUGGGAAUCUACGCAUUUGAGGAAAACAACCAUUUAUCGAACAUCUUCUGUAUUAUUUUUCGCUUUAGAAGAAGACACGAUGAACUCAUCACCGACCGGUGAAGGUGAAAGCAUGGCUGAUGAAAGUAAGACACUGCAUGCACUAUAUUUAUCAUCAGAAACUAAACAUAGCCUGAGAAAACAGCGGACAUUUCGCGACGUCACCACCAAUUUCCUCUCGAAAUGACGUCUGAAGAACGAGCGCAGAAAUUCCGUACUGAUGACGUGUCACUACCGAAAUCUGGGUAGUGCUUCUAAUUGGUUGAAGCAUAUUUCCCUCACGGCACGACCAAUCACAAGCACCCUCAGGAUCUUGUUAGUGGUGCCUCAUCAGUAUGGAAUUUCUCAAGGAAGUUCCUCAGCUGUCAUUUCGCAGGGAAAUGUGUUUUCUCGGGCUAACUAAAUAAAGAGUGUCUUAUGCAUGAUUGCGUCAGAGGAACUGCACCACCAAGCCUCGGUCGUUAGAAAAUUCCUCCCUUUAGUAUCUUUGUGCGUGGGAAUUCAUUCAUGCAAAACUUCGCAACAUCACAACUUCAAAACGUCAAGAUUGCCGGUGAAAUUUGCUCGUCUGGUUAGGAUGGAUUAAGGUGAGGAAAGGCUUCUGCGCCCAGCAGCUUUGUAGGGCGAGUAUGGGCACUUUCCAUUUUUCAAAAAAUGUCUGGAUAUUCUUGUUUGGAUGUAGUGAAUCACAAAUCUUGCGGCGAUUAUCACUUUUACUCUAAAAGGUAUACUUGGUUUACGUAAGACUGCUUCAGGGUUUGACCAGGAACCCAAAAAUCACCUAUAAUUUAUCUGGUGUCGCAAAAUAUAGUUGUCCAAACCUUGUAGUUUUUUUAACAGACAAAUAUGGAAGGGAUGCCGCACUCCUGCCUAGCAUAAGUUUAGUUAGGAAUUCAAGCUCCUUAAGAAUAGACAAGUUAUCUUUGCGUAUUCUUUUUGCCUAUAAGACGGAUCCAUCCCAUUGAAGUUGUGAAGCUCCAAUUCUCAGAAUCAAGUGAACUAUAGCGACGCACGCUUAUAAUAAAACCAUUGUCGUUCAUGUUUGAAAUAGGAGGGGGGAAAAUAAGAAAAAUAGACUUAAUUUGGCUUAUCUACUAUGCUGUUGCAUGUAUGUCUUCUUUUACUUAGGCAUUAAUAUAAUUGUCACUUUCAGAAAUGGACAAUCGAGAAAUGGAGAAAAAACCCUUGGAAGAUAUUACGUGUGGAAUAGUCAAGAGAGGGGGACCAACUGGAGACGAACCCGUUAAGCCUGGUGAAUUUCCCUGGGAAGUAGGUUUCAGAUAUCAAAACCAGUUUGGCAAGUCAAACGUGUUUUGUCGUGGAUCUUUGUUGGAUAGAGAAUGGAUUUUGACAGCCGCACAUUGUUUUGUGGUCCGCGUAAAUCCCAAAUUUAAGCUGAAAGUUAUCCUGGGUGAAUUUGACGAUCAAAAUGAGGAAGGCCAAGAGGUGGUUGCUGAGGCUGUCAAAGUUAUCAGACACCCAUUGCAUAGAAGAAACACGAAAGAUUACAACAUCGCACUAGUGAAACUAAAGACGCCGCUUAAGGAAUACAACGAUUACAUGAGACCAAUAUGCUUGCCCGAUCAAUCUGUGUCAUUUUCCGGGGGAGAAAUUUGUACAGUGACGGGAUUUGGUCUUGAUUAUUCUGCAGGGACACUUCGUAGAAUCGAUGUCCCCAUAAUUUCGCCCGAUGAAUGCCGAAGGAAUGUCCGUUGGUUAACUGAUAGUAUGUUAUGUUCAGGGUACACCGAGAGAAUUCUUGAUACUUGUAAAGGGGACAGUGGCGGGCCUUUAGCAUGCUACAUUAAUGGGAAGUUUUAUCUUGGGGGAAUUGUGAGUCAUGGCAAGAGGUGCUCAAGAGUCCGAUCUCCAAAUAUUUACACGAACGUAAAAUAUCUCAAACCUUGGAUCAUUCAUGUCACCAAAAACUACUGAACCAGUUCUAUUCACUGAUUAUGUUUUUGUGUUUCACAGCGUUUAGUAAAACCUUUAAACAUUACAGUGCCGUCUAUCAUUUGCAACUGAGGAACAAUACAAAACUGCUGAAUUCUUAUCUCAGGUCUUAUUUAUUUAUUUAUUUAUUUACUGAACACCGAUCAUUUUCUCAUUGGCUUUAAUAUCCCGGCUAAUUCUUCAAAACCAGUAGGCUCUGACCAAAUUUGGAAGAUGCCAGCAAUAUACCAUUGACAUGAUUUAUAUCAAUUGUCAUUCACAUUGACGUCACGCAGAAAAGGUGUAUAUACCGAGAAACAGGCGAUUGUUUUGAAGAAAGCCUUCUUGGAGGUGAAAAUUUUAAGAAUCGAACUUAGAAAGAUGAAAGAAUAGUGAUAAUAAUUAUUGAAUUCGGCUUAUGUAGGAGAGUGUCAUCCACCGAGGAUGAAAGGCCGAGUCUUCAUAUCAUACCUCUGUACCCUACUGUAGAGAACUGUUUAAUAUGUUUUGUUUGUUUUCUCUACUCUUUAUCCUUACCAGAAGGCAACAUUGUCCAGUGGCUAAGAGUCCUGAAUUUCAACUCGGUUACCCCGGGUUCAAAUCUCCCUCUUGCAACUUGCCGUGUGUGUUCUCGAUUGUCCCGAUAUCUUAUAGCCUUUACACAAGCUUGUGGCCAGCUGGUCUGCUUUCAGACAGUGGGCUUUCUUUGCUACGUUUUUUUAAAUAUCUACCUCUAUAUACUUCUUUGUUGCUUAUGUUAGGUCAUUUUGUUUGCGAAAGCUCUCACUUUCAAACAAGGCUUCUUGCGUUUAAUGAGUUUCGUUUACACGCGAAUAUAAAAUAAUUUUCAUGUCAAUGGCUUCCCACUUAGGUUCGCCUCGAAACAGAGGCUUGGGGCAACUUAGAAAUGGCCAAUUUGUGUCACCUCUACAUAUCAAUUUUUUUCGUUAUUGCUUUUUUUUGUUACACAUAAUAAAAAGGGGGCGUAACAAAGUCGUAACGUCAGACUACUCACCCUGAAGAUCUUCAGAAGUUCUGUUCUGUCUAUGUUGGAGGAUUCAAACCUGAGACAUUCAGACGAAUUUAUUAACUGAGCCACACGUCAAACUUUUCAUGAACUUAACUCACUAAGUUCGGUUCGUUUCAUGAAAAGUUCGACGUUUGGCUCAGUUCAGUUCGUCUGAAUGAGUUAGGAUCUCCAAGACGUUUUUUUUUUUUUUUUUAUCACCCGGGAGUAAGUACCCUCCUCAGCGACAAUUCAGUGGAGAAAACACCAAGUUAAGUUUAAUUUAAGUGAUAUCAGAUAACUUCAUAAGGAAUACGUUUCCCUUGUUUGUUUUCGUCUAUUUAACGUGUCUAUUUAAUCUAAGUAACUGCAUUUUUCCCAUAAAAUAUAUAACAAUUAUUCACCGAAGUGAAGGUGGCUAGUGGGAUAUUUACCGAGGCCGCCAAGCGGCGAGGUAAAUACCACCACCACUACCCACCGACCCUCAGGUGAAUAAUUGUUUUAGUAUAUACUAGUUUUAGUAUAUACUAAACAGUGAGAUAAUUGAGCACAAAAAGGAUGAUUUUUAACUCAUUUACUGUUGCCAACGAUUACAAUUUCGGCGGGCAAUGAACGUGGUUGUCCAUAACAAGAGAGCGGUUCAUGGAUCUCUUUCUCUUGUCUGGUCAGAGGAGUUGGCCAGCGAAGCUCAGAAGUGGUGUGAAGAACUCGCUUUAAAUGACAUUCUCGAACAGGAAGACAAAAAUCUGAGCACAACAUAAAUAAAAAUAUUGCUUCAAAAUGGAUCGGUCCUCAAAGUGAUUGUUCAAAAAUGGUAAAUGGAAGAACGUAACAGAACUAGACGUUCCAGACGAGAAUGACUAAAGCGCCUGGAUUGCCAAUCAAACACUUUGCAUAGGAAUAUCUAAAAGUGUGCGCUCAUUGACCAGUUUUAGCGUUUUUGGUAAAACUAAGAUAGCAGCGACGAGGCCAUAAUUGUGGGUUGAGCUUCUUUUAGCUUCUCUUCUCUUCUCCGCAAAGUUUUUCUCCCGUUACGUAUCCUGUGGUUUUCCCUUUUCCUAAAAAAAAAAAACAUUGUCAUCAAAAACUACUUUGUAAAUUCCACAUGAACGUGGAAAUGAUCCUUGCAGUUGAAUAGAAAACCUAUUGUAAGCGGUUAAAAAAUUCAGGCUUGCCUGGAAAUCGAACCCUGAGCUUUGCGAUGACCAGACGCAACGCUCUAGCCAUCAAGCUAAUCAAGCCAACUGGAGAGCAGGCCAUUGUGAGUUCGAGUUACUAACAAAGAUGCUGUCAAAUUCUAGGUUCUUUUUAAGAUUGAUUAACCAAGAGACGGCUAGAUUAAGGUUCAUAGACGACUUGCUGAGGGAAAAAGGGAAAUGGAAACAGGGACCGCGGAGCAAGCUGAAAAGUGGGAGGGCUGACAAUUGAAAAUAUUUUUUUCAUAUUGAAAAUCGAAAAAAGGAAUAAAAUCAUAGUAUUUGAUUUGUUUCUUUCGCGCGACUUUGCAUACUUUAUCCAGUAUUUGUGGCUCUUUAUAGGUCGGCAUUCUUGACGACAUCUCGUUUAUCUCGAAGAAAUAUCUUUCAUCUCGCGCGAGUGUCAGCGAGAUCUCGUAUGUAUUUAUGUAUAGUAUAGAAAAUACUACACUGAAGUGAUCUGAAAAAUUUCUAACUAUGGUCGUUCACUGUUCAAGUAAUGUAAUUCUUCUUGCCAUCGAAUAUUUCCCUGAUUCGAAAGGAGAAAGACAAAAUAUAAAACAUCUAUCAACUCAAAACAACUACUCACCUUCGUUUGGCUUGAAAAAGCUAGUAAUUUUCUUCAUUUCGUCUGACAAAAAAAAAAAUCUGCCGGAGCUGGAAGUACAAAACACGCUGCCGAACGAAGCGAAGGGGUGGCCAAGGCAUGGCGUUUGAUCAAGGGGCAAGUCGGCCCCAGGGCACAAUUACCGCGAAAAGCACAGGAGCCCCACAAACUGCCUGGCGUUUGAAAUUAAAGAAAGUGCAGAGAAUAUAGCGGAAUAUAGACGGAAAAACUUGUUUCAAGUCUUUCUUUUAUUUUAAUUAUUUUUCUUUUUAGCGCAAAAAGUGGGAGCGGGAGCGUUUUAGCGCAACAGGUGGGGGCGGGGGCGCAAAAAAGUGGUGGGGCGGCGGCCCUACCAGCCCCUCCCCCUCCGCGGUCCCUGGGAAAGACAUGGAUCACCACCUUUCGCAGGAGAGUGCCAGCGACAGGCCUUACACCAAAAAUAUGCAUAUAAAAUUUAAAAAAAUAUGAGGGAAGGGAGCCUAAGGAAGCCAAUGAGGCUUGUGUGUAGGACCACCUUGUAGAACGCUGAGCGUGUAAGUGAAAAAACGAGAAAGAAAAGGAGAGAAAAAUUAAUGCAAAACUAAACGAGAGAAAAAAAAACAAAAGAAGCCAAAAACUACACACAAGCAUCGGGAGAGCCAAAGUGUGCGUAUACCAAGAAAAAAAUGACUUAAGUUUAGAAUUGAACAAAGCAGUACUAGAGGCAUUCUGAAUUUCUGAGGUAAGGACAUAAAAUAUUUUGGGCCCUUGAAAACGAAGUGAAAAUUUCUUUACAUUUGUCCUGCAGUAGGGCAAACGGAAGGAAUUCUUAUUUCUAGUGUUGUAUGAAUGUACGUCACAGUUAAGCAAAAACAUGUCAUUGAAACUGUUAGGAAGAAGGCCGUUUUUAUAAUGGUGCAUAACUUUUACCUAUUUGGAGUUUGAUAAUAUCUUCAAAUUUUAGAAUUCGUAAGCUUACAGAAAUAGCAUUGGCAUGUGCAUCAAAAGAACUCCUGGAAACUAUUCUAAUAACCCGUUUCUGAAGAUUAAUCAAAAGCUUAAGAUUUGACUGAUAGGUUGAGCCCCAAACACUCUCACAGUAAUGUAAAUAAGGAUAAACUAAACUACAACAGAGAGUACAUAAGGAGGUAUUAUUAGGCAGAAACUUGAUUGUAAAUAAUGCCCACUGAUUCAGUUGAGACUUUCCUUGCAACGUUCUGUAUUUGAGAUUUCCAAGAUAAGUGUUUAUUAAGUAAAACUCCCAAGAACAGAGCUUCAUUCACACGAUCAAGUUAAAUAUCAUUAAUUGAAAAAUGUGAGUCAAGUUUUAGCCUGUUUUGUUUUGUCUUAAAUAGAAUAAACUUUGAUUUUUUUUUAAGUUAAUAGAAAGCUUAUUAUCCUGAAACCAGCUUGAUCGUUUCUUCAAUUCGUUAUUCACAAUUUCCAUCUGUUGAUUUUGGUCGUAAAAAUAUGUUGGUAUCGUCGGCAAAAAGUAUGAAAUCCAAAGCCUUUGACACAUUACAACAAUAAUGGACCUAAAACCGAUCCUUGAGGCACUCUACAUUUGAUGUGUUUAGAGAAAGAAUUAUAGCCAUUGUGCUGUACAAAUUGAGUUCUAAAAGAAAGAUAACUUCUCAACAACUUUAAUGCAACACCACGAAACCCAUAAAACUCUAGUUUAGCAAGUAAGAUAUCAUGGUUCACAGUGUCGAAGGCCUUGGAUAGGUCAAUAAAUAGACCCAAGGUAACUUUUCCUUGAUCAAUCGCUUCUGGAAGUUUAUCAUAUAAUUAAUCACCUGUUUUAAAUAAAGGAACAACUCGGGCUAUCUUCAUUUGAUCGAGAACGGUACCAGAACUUAAAGAUGAACCAUUAAAUCUAUUAUUUCUUUAAUUACGUUCAUAGUAAUUUUCGAUAAUUUGGUCAUAGCCUGCAGCAGUUCCUGCACGACGAAAUUAGUACAAAUUUCAAUAAUUUCCUGCUCAGUGGUUGGUUGUAGGAACAACGAAUUCACAAAAGCUCCAGAAAGAAAAGAAAGAAGGUGAAAUUGAGUUCGCUAAAUUAGGUCCUAUAUUAGCGAAGUAUGCGCGGAAAUGGUCCGCGAUCUGAGUUGGAUCAGAUAUUUCUUCGUCAUCAACAUUAAACGUCGUUGGUAAAUUACUCUUACUUUCUUUUCUUUUCUUUUUUUUUUUUUUUAGGGGGGAGAGAAAACCUAUAAAAUAUGUGCUAAAACAGUAACACCCUACAAUGGAACAGUGUUGGUCGCGUCCAUUGACUGGAGAUGAUGUUGAUGAUGAUGAUGAUGAUCAGAUAUUAUAUGGAUUAUUGAGUCACACACAAAAGAACUUUAUUUGAUUUUGAUCUCUUUUUUUGUUCUUCUUAAUGAGGUUAAGAAUUUUAAUUUCAUAGUAUUUCAUAGUUACCAAUUUUUUGUUUCUGCACCAAUAGAAGUCGAGGGAAGGUGAGUGUGGGGUAUAUCAGGUGUACUACUGGUGGAACGCCCAGAACCUGAUUUCGUGGUGAGUUUGUAGCGCAAAGGUGACAAAAGGAUGAAAAAUAAAGGAAACGUGCAAAUACAAAAAGACAAUCGAUCAGAAUUUCAAUGAGUAAACUCAGCUGUUCUUUUUUUCAAGACACCAACUAAACUAAUUCUGGCGCACCAGUGUUUCCGUGAAAAUAACAAAUCCAUUUUCUUCUUGUUUCUUUUUCUUUCUUAUACAUAAUAAAAAAGGGGCGUAAGGAAUUCGUAUCCACGGACCAAUAAAAAAAACUUGUUACUUUGUAACCAGUCAGAAAUACCUGUAACCUUUUUUUUUUUAUCUCAUUGAAACAGUUCCUUUCCUCAGUCACAGUUCCAGAAGAAAGCCAAGUUUACAAUCUAUGGUUCCAGCAACUUCGUGAGAAAUGAAUUCAUUCUCGCUAUUUUAUUUACUUUUACUCGCGUACCUACACCAGUCAGGUAAGAGAUCCCCAUCCACAUGGCCGUAUCUUAUUCAACCUUUUUUUUUUUAUCAACAAUCUAAACUACUUCUGAACUCUUAUGGACUUAAGUCCUUUUCGUUUUGUGGUCCCAAGAUGAGGAAUGAACUUUCAUCUGAACUACGCGCGAUAGAGAGUGUAUUUUUAAGAUUAAGCUGAGAGCACAUCUUUUUAAGGCAUAUUUUGAUUAACCCUCACAAAUUCAUCCCCCCACCUUGGUACGGAAGGGGGGAGAUCGGUGGAAAAGAUAGAACCGCUCACGAGAGUUUUUGAUAUGUUGCAGUAUUUCGAAAAGAUUUUCCAGUGGAAAGCUUCUGAUCUUCUCAACAAGAUGAAAUAUAUUUUAUGGGUGGUGGCGCCACUGGAGACCUGUGACGUCACCAACAAUGAUCGCCAUCUUGGCCUAUAUUUUUAAUUUUACCAUGAAUUAAAAAUCAGGUCAAAACCGCAAAAAAUGAUCUUUGUUUGUGCUUGACAUAUAAAAUAACACAUAACUAAGCACUUUGUAUCAUUUGAGGAAAUAUGCAUUUUCACUCAAAAACGCAUAAAUAUUAAGCACUUUGUAAACGUUAAAGUCAAGAAGACUUUUGCAGGGACUGAUCAAACAACGUGAAAUAGAGUUUAGCUGCGAUAUUACGACUGGCCAAUACCAGUCUUUAUCAGGUUUUAUUGAGAUAUCACGAAUUUACAGAAACAUAUAAAGACCAUUUUAAGACCGUUUUAAUGAACACAGACGACCUAUACUCAACCCUGUUGGUAAUUACAUCCUUACUGCAGUUUCAGAACACUUUCUAACCAGUAAUCAUUCCGACAAUCAUAUGCUUUUGAUUCCUAUUGAAAAACUUAAAAAUGGGCGUGAUUCUUUCAGGAAAGCACGUGAAGCCCACCUUAUUCACAAAGCUAAGACAAUUGAGCCUCUGGGCAUCAAUAAACGUGAUGAACUACUGUAACUAUAUAUAGCAUAUCUUGAAUUUUUUUCUAUAUCUUUCUUAUCUUGUCUUUUUAAAGUAACCACACUAUACCACGUCAUAUUAUGUAAUUUCCAGUCAUUAUUUCUGUAAAUUCGUGAUAUCUCAAUAAACCUUAUAACGACUGGUAUUGGCCAGUCGAAAUAUCGCAACUAAACUCUAUUUCACGUUUUUUGAUCAGUCCCCGAGAAAGUCUUCUUGACUGUAAAGUUUUCAAUUUGAUCUAUUUUGACUGAUCACGAUCUUUUUGGAUCCGACGUUGAGCAAGAUUGAUCGUACACGGUUUUCGCAGUGACUUUUUUUUUUACCUUAAUCUUGCAAGCACUUUGUAUCAUUUGAGAAAAUAUGCAUUUUCACUCAAAAUCGGAUAGACCACCUGCUACUUAUGACGUCAUAUCUCGUAACCAUAGUACCUGACCAUCACUAAACUUGUCACAAAAUGCGUGAGAGGAAUAAACGGGCUGAUAAAAAGGUGCUGAUGUUUUAUAGGCUAGGAAAAUAAUCAGAAAUAGCUCUGAGGGUGGGGGGGGUAGGGGGGUGGAAACCACCCCCCUCAGUCUCAUAAUUCCUUGUGCGUGCGAGGGUUAAUGUUUGGUUAGUCAGUUUUUAUUUCUUAAUUGUUCAAUAUUUUCUUUUGAGGAGCUGUGUUAACACUAAUAAGUGCAGAUUAUUAUUAUUAUUAUUAUUCAUUAUUAUUAUUAUUAUUAUUAUUAUUAUUAUUAUUAUUAUUAUUAUUAUUAUUAUUAUUAUUAUUUCAUUAUUAUUUGUCACGGCAAAAAUGAUCUUUUUAACUCGUCACUGUAACUUUUUUCCAAAUUCGUUUACGACAUUUAACUUUAAAAGGUGAGCAUUUUUAAUGAUUAUGAUGUUACAUUUCAUAAACGCUGAAGACUGUUCAGGAAAUAUAAAAGCAUCAAUAAGCAUAUGUAUCUUUCUUUUCGAUUAAGCCUUGGUUCAGACGCCCAACUUUCAUGAGCCGAACCUAAUUCGAACUUAAUUCAAAACGAAAUAAUGCUCAUUUCGGUCAAAAUUCAUUAUAAUAGUUCAUUGUUCACUCAAAAUAUUUUCCCGAUUCUGAUUGGCUAAAAGCACAGGUCACGUCUAAUUCACCAUAACCAGUUACCGAUGACCAAAUUUGGAAGAAGUUUGUGUUUAGUGAGGAAAUGACGUCAAAAAUGCAGCGUUCUUGCAGGCUAAUGCACCGUUAACCGAGAAGGGCUAGGAGGGAAGAACGGCUGAGCCUUGCUAAAUUGAAACAGGCGUUCCUAUUUGAUUCAGACGCCGAACUUUUCAUGCACGUAAUUCAAUGUAUUAGGUACAGCUAAUGAAAAAUUCGGCGUCUGAACCUGGCCUAAAUUUGUCAAGUUAACUUUCCUAACCUUAGUGAAGUCAUGAGUUAAAUCUACCUCAGAGGAAGUCAAGACGUUUUCCAACUACUUUAAGUUUUAGUUAGUUAAGUUUCUUUUAAAUAUGGAUGCAAUAGACCUUUUUACUGAUACGGCGGCCAUAUUGAAUUAAUUCGAUUUAAGGAGUGUUAUAGGAUGCCCAGGGGGCAUGAGCACAUUUCGUUUGUAUUUUCGAGCGCUUUUCGGGACAUUUUUUCUUAAAGUUUUCUUAGAAUAAGAUUGUAAUGGGAAAAAAGAUCCUUGUGCCGUGUUUGGAUGUAAUAAUGAUCGCCUUUUUCUAGGUUAGUUUUAGAAAUAUGGUCUUUCACUGUAUAUUUCUCGGGAACAAGGCUAUCAUUGUUACAUCAAAACACGGCACAAGGAUCUUUUUUCCCAUUACAAUCUUAUUCUAAGAACACUUUCAGAAAAAAUGUCCCGAAAAGCGCUCGAAAAUACAAACGAAAAAAAAAAGGUCUAUUGAGAAUAACGUGAGAGGGGUGUGAGGCAGACGAUGGUGAUUCCCAGUAGAGUAUAUUGAUAUCGAGGUUUUUGUUUUCUUCCGCUCUUCUUGGGAGCCUGUUCCAAGGCUAAGAAGAAGACUAAGAGAGAGAGAGAGAAAAUAACCUUACUCAUUUUUUUAACUACUGGCACAAGGUGUAUGUGCAUACGAUGAGUUUGGUAAAGCGUGCGUGGUUGCCCACAACAAGUUGAGAACGCUUCACGGAUCUCAGCCUCUUGUCUGGUCAGAGGAGUUGGCUAGCGAUGCCCAAAAAUGGUGUGAAGAACUCGCUUUGAAUGAUGUACUUGAACACGACAACAAAACGCUGGGCACUAACAAUCAGGGAGAAAAUAUUGCUGCUGCUAAUGGUAGCAAUCUUCAAAGUGGAGGUCCCACUCCAGAACUUUGCAAAAUGAUGGUUGAAAAAUGGUACAUGGAAGAACACAACUACAACUACAAGACGGGAAUGCCAAAGGCGCCUGGACUGCCAAUCAAUCACUUUGCGCAGGUAUUUCUAAAAACGGCGUUCGUUGAAAAGUAUUAGCAUCUUAAAAUACAAGAUAGCAUAGAUACAGAGGGUAGGGAAGGCUGACAUAGGUUAAAGUGCUCGCCCCCCACUGAUGUUACCCAGGUUUGAGUUCCAGCGUAGACGCCAUGUCUGGGAUAAUUUUUUUUUUUUGUGGAUCCUCUAAAAAUUGUCAUUCCAAAUUCCAGUGCGGUCUGGAGACUGUCUCCCAUUGGCUGGCCUAGAGAGCCAUCGUUUGAUCAGUUCUCCCAAAUGUUCAGUGUCAGUUUUUUUUUCUUUAAUUUAUCUUGUAGAAACGAAACAAACAAACGGCAACUUAUUAUGGUUACACUGGAUGACGUCCAGGUACCAUUCAAACCAUAUCUUAUAAUCAAGUGAUACUAAAGAAUCUUGACAUGUACAUCGCUGAAAAGGUUUUACAGUUUCUAUUUCCUUAAUCAUCAAGCCGUCGAUCUCCAACAUUAUUCCAGUCACCAAAAGAAAUUUAUUUAUUUAUUUCUUUUCGUAGACCACUAGUCCUGCUUUUGUUUUUGUUCAAAGGUUGUUUGGAACAGUUCGUAUGAGAUUGGAGCUGGUUCUGCUCGAUCCAGUUCCCUUGGGGAUAUUGUGUGCGUUCGUUAUAGUCCUGGAGGAGGUGUAGGUGAUCCAGAAGAGUUUAUAUUAAACAUCUUUCCGAAGAAAGGUAGGAGCGUUAAGCAGAACAAUUAAAAUAAAUUGCGGAUUAACGAAAAAGAGCUCUGUCGUCAGUAGAAUAUUGACAAUUAUUCGCCGAAGGCGAAAUAAUAUUCUCGAAUAAUCUCUGUACAAGUCCUAUUAAAGUUCCUGUUCGGGAGUGAUAACCAGUGGCUUAAUUUUUUCAUUGGUUUGUAGUUUCUUGUCGAUGGCAGCCGUGUGUAAGUUCCGUGUGAUACUUAAACAUUAACCACUCCGAGUAUUCUCAGGUCAGAGCUAACCCAAACUUUUUCGAUUUCAAGUUUGGCUAUUUAAACCACGCCCUACUAAUAGGCUUAUUAAGUAGCUCGAUGGGAGUUUUGUAGUGAGUGGUAGGAGUUAGCUUUAGAAAAAGAUGUAAAAGAACGCUCCUGGUACCUUCUCGUCCAGCAAGAGAGCUCCUAGUAACUAUUUGGCCUGCAGAUUUGCACUAAACAUUUUCUUUUAUGUUACAGGCCCUAAUCCAAGUUUAGACGUCACUACUGCUUAUAAAGGUAAAUUCUAAUAAAUUAGUUUAAAGAUGAGGCUACACGAGAAAAUUCACAACUACAAAUCUAAGCGCAACUAAGGACAACGAAGAAACAUUAGGGCCAUUUAUACGAGGAAAAAUAAGACGCGUCUUACAUAAGACGCGAACUUUCCGUAUAAACGGCACAUUUCGUCUAAAAUAAGACGCGGCUUAGCUAAGACGCGUCUUAUUAGAUAAGACAUGCUCCUAUAAAUGGUACAGUUCGCGUCUUAUUUUUCAUCGUAUAAAUGGCCCUAUUGUUGCGACAUUGUUUCCAAUGAUUGCAACAUUUGUUCCAACAUUACAACCUCGCGUUUCGAUAAAAAUAUUCCUGUGCAACAUCGCCGUUUUAACCGCUUAAGGUUCUAAAAAUAAUAAAUCAGACCUGAUAAAAUAUGUAAACGAAUUAACACUUUUAAUCCAGUGAGCGUUUUAAUUAUUUCACCCUCAAGUCGAUCACCGUUCAUUGGAUUAGGAGCCACAACAUGAAUGUUAAAACUCUUAAGUUGUGAAUGCCAAAAUUACAGCUUGACGCCAAGCAAAUACCGUAAAAUUCCGAAUAUAAGCCCCUCCUUGUAUCAGCCCCUCCAAACUCGUAACGCAAAAAACCCUCCGUUACAUCACCCCUCCUCCUUGGGGAGUUUAUACUUGGAAAUUGCCCUCAAAUACAAAGUAAAACAAAGCAAAAACAGUAAAAUUUCCUUCCAACUAUAAGGCUAGCCCAAUCGAUUUUGAAACGCAAAUUUCCCUCCGUAGAUAAGCCCUUCCAAAUAUAAGUCCCUCCAGAAAUAAGCCCCUCAAAGAGGGCCUUUGAAAAAUAUAUGCCCCUGGGCUUAUUUUCGGAAUUUUACGGUAUGUCUCCCAAGCAUUAGUAUAUCAAUCUUUAAGUUUUUGCAUGCGUUUCUUCUCUAUUUACUUGUUUUUGUUGUGUUAUUCAUUUCAUGUUUUAAGCAGCUAUUUUUAUAUUUCAACUUUGUUGGCGUUCCUACUGUUUGAAUUUUGAUACGUUUCGUAAACAGUUCCUUUAAUAAUUUUCCAGACGUAAAAAACAAUUUUGCGCCAUGCGUCAAGGGUUACAAUGGGGGCUAUGGUGGAGGCAAUGGUCAGGGAUGCAGUGGAGGAGGGUCAGGAACCGGAGGAGUUGAAAGCCUGAGCUGUGGUAUUGCGAAGCAGGGAUCGCGUAUAGUAGGUGGAACACAGGCAGACAUUAAAGAAUUUCCCUGGCAGGUUGGGUUUAAGUCAUGGUCUGGAGCAAGAAAGCCUUUCUGCGGUGGAUCUUUGAUCGACAAGAAGUGGGUUUUGUCGGCUGCUCACUGUUUUGAAUACUCUGGGUCAUAUCCGCAGCUUAGAGUAGUGCUUGGCGAAUUCGAUACUGAAAACGAAGAAGGGAAUGAAGUAUUAAUGAAAGUACGAAAGGUGAGCACAAAAAUUCUGGCUUUGGGGGUGUGGGCGUAUCUGCGUUUGUUCUCAGAGAAAGGGGGUUUUCCGGGUGGUAUGUUUGUAAGGAAGCGGGUGGUGUUCAUGUUGAGGCGGGCACAGAGCUGCGGGAAAAGAAGACAACCACUCCGGCCCGGGAUCUCCUUGGGGGGUAAGGGCAGAUGGGGAGCACCCCCAUCCCCCGUCAUUAUUAUUAUGAUUUUAUGGUAUACCUAUUUAGACAUACCCCGAUCUUUGUGUACACGCACACAAGGCUACGAGAUUGGGAACAAUGCUUGUAUGUGGCUUACUUUGAGCUCUGUAGAGCUUUGGGGCAGACGUUAUAUGGGAAGUACUACAACGUACAUUUGGCUCGAAUGCGGAAAGGAUCGAGGACAAACCACGUCGAGCUCACGGUAAUGAGGUUACGUAUAAAUUGUCGCUUUUGAAAAAAGUCCUUGGUCACAAUUUUUCAAACCAGAUGCUAUUCUGAAACAAUCACGUCUAGUCAUUUUCCAACCCACUUACUUUUCAUGCAGUGGUCUUUUUUAGAGUAAAGUUAUACCUUUGCAUAAAGAUCCUCCAGUUCUACUUUCUCCAUUAUUUCUUAAUGUGGUUAUAUGACUGAAAAGGCCUUUUGCGGGUCAGAUACCUGGUAAGCGUUAGAUAUUUACGCCGCAUGAUGGUUUCGAUUGUGGACCUUCGCGUUAAAAUUCAUUUUUUAUUGUCUUGUUUUAUCCUCCGAUGUUCCUUUAGUUAAUUUUUAUUGCUUCAGCAAUUGAUGUUGACUGAGUCUAGCUUUGGGUGAGCUCUCUUUGCAGGGAUACCAAAUAAUGACAAUUCUAUUUUGGGAUGGAGAAAAAGGCGAGGGAAAAGAAGGGAAUAAGGUUUUCUAACUUGCUUAUUGCAGUGAACAGAAAGACUUCGUGCUUCGUUUUCAUGUAUUAAGAAAAAGCAUAUCACGGAUGGCAGGAACAUUCCCUCACUGGUAUCUGGAGAAAUGAAACAUUGAUCAGUUAUAUUAAGCAUAAAACCAUUUAUUUCUUAAAGAAAUAACCGAACAUUAUGGCGCGACAAAAUAUCGAGGCGUGGUACCCACGUGAUAUUCCGCUGGGGUUGGCUUGUACUAGGCACGGAUUCAGUCGAUACUAGCAUUAGUUUGGCCAAUCAGGUUUAAGUAAGUCACAUGCCUAGUAUAUGAAAGACAGUUCCAGCGAGAUAUUUUUCCUUCGUCCUCUCGCCAUCAGAUUGAACAGAUCCCCAGAAAAACUUUUUCCCGCCUCCUCCCCAUUUCACCACCUCCCAGCGAUUUAUCACGUUUAAUCCAUCCUGUCGCUUUGAUAGUAUCACUUUUUAAGGCUGGCGGUAUUUUGUCUCCCCAUUUGUGAACAAGACAUCAUAUACGAAAAUGUUUAUUGCUGUGUUUGAAUUUUGCUAAUUGUUCGAUUAAAACUAGCCACAAUCGUGGCCAAAUUUAUUCCAACAAAGUUGUUUCUUAUUGCUACUCCCGGGGAAUUUCCUCUUAAGUGGUUUCUCAACAAAGCUCGCUCCUUUUAAGUGGGUCACUUUAGAUCAUAUUUUACAUUAAAACACGGCUCGAUAUAAAAAUAUUCCUCGCUGUAUGUCAGAAUAUUCCUGGUUUAAUCUAUAAACUUCUCGUCAGAAUUGUCCAAUUAGUCAAUUCGAUCACAUAUGACUAUUCUGUUUUGUACGAAAGCAAUUAAGCAUGGAUCCUUGGUCAUCGAUUUCUUUAUCAGCGUUUCAUGGAAAGCAAUUUUGUGCAGAACAGUCGACCGCACGACCACAUAAAGCGUUUUUAACUAACAUUUGUCAUGAUUAAUGUGUUCCAGGUUACUAAAAACCCACGGUAUAAUAGGCGGACAUUUGAUUACGACAUGGCACUUGUGGAGUUGGAGAGUGAAGUAACUUACAGUGAGUACAUGAGACCAGUUUGUCUUCCAAAGGCGAACGUCGAUUUCGAAGCUGGUACAAUGUGCACAGUGACCGGAUUUGGAGCUAUACGUGAAGGGGGUCCCCAAUCCAAAACGCUAAUGAAAGCAAAUGUUCCUUUGAUUGCAAUGAGCGAAUGCAAGAAAAAAUACCGUAUGACAAGUAGAGGAGAGGAGUUAAAAGUUUGCGCUGGAUACGCCCAAGGAGGAAUAGAUUCCUGCCAAGGAGAUAGCGGAGGCCCUCUGGUGUGUCAGCAAGGUAAAAAGUAUUACCUGAAAGGAGUUGUUAGUUAUGGUGCUGGAUGUGCUAGACCAGAUAAACCUGGCGUAUAUGCAAAUGUCAAAGAUGAGGAAUUUCAGAGAUGGAUUGAAGAGACAAAAAGCUCAGCAAACUAGUAAUUGAUUGGCACCGCGGUGCUUAACAGUUCAAGAUAUUAUUUUUGGUUUAUUAUGUCUUGGUUGUAAACUUGGCAGAGACAUGUGCAACAGCUGAAAUAAAGUUUACCUAAUUAUGAAUCAUGGACUACGAUGUCUAUAUGAGGUUAACAGUUAUAAGACCAGAUAAGAAAAAUCUUAGAACAAAAUGACUUUAUAUAUAUUGUAGUUGUCCCCUGGGAGUUCCAGCAUGCCAUUAGCUGUGUCAGAAAUUUCCAUGCAUAGGUAAAAAAAAAACAUGACUGUUUCAUGGUUACCGAUUUUUGUGAAGAUCUACUUUGGGCCCAGCGUGACAAAACUAGCAGGGAUUUUAUGAAAUACACGUACAAAAACAAUAAUGUAGUUAUUCCGAUCCAGACAUUUCGGAGAAAUCUAAAGGAACUAAAACCUCUAUAUAAACGUUAUAAAGCCGGAACAAAAAGCUAUAACACUUUAAAAGACGUCAAAGAAAAAGCUAAAACUCUGCAUCAGAGGUCAAACAAAGGCCACAGGGAAUCAGUAUGCUUGAAACCCAGCUUCAUGACCUCUCAAUGUGGGACAACUGAAAAAAGGAAAAAAAAACUAGAUACUUGCUCAGUCAAGAUUAAGAAUCCUCCACAGCAUAAUUUACCCGCUUGAAAGUAAAGAAUUGAACAAAUGGCGUUUUAACAUGAGGUAAAAGUCGGGUCUACCGCAAUACCGACGCCUUCGGAUUUUUCAUUGUAGUAAUAGCGGAGCUCCCGCGCACGCGAAGCGUAAGAAAGAAAGAAAAGAAAGGGAAAAUUUGGUAAACUAUCCAUCCCAGAAAAUUUGGUUAUGACGUAACGUACGCCCGUCCGUACACACAAUUCAUGUAAGCCGAUGUCAAAUGUCACAAUAGAUCUUGCACAACUUGACUAGCCUCUUAGUUAUGUAAGCCAUCCGUAUGAGUACGAUUAGAUUGACAGCUGUCAAAAUCAGACAUCCGCUGACAAUUAUCACAUGACCGUCUCGCGGGCUCAGAUAAAAGACCAGUCGUUUUGCCCCUAUAUAUAAGCUGAUAUAAUAUGUCACACUUACCAAUUCAACAUAAAAACGAAACUACGCCGGGCAAAGCUGUCAGUUGGCUGACAGUCGUUUUAAGUUACAUUGGCAGGCCAAAUUAAGGUCAAUUGACAGCUGUCAAAAUGGGACAUAUGCAGACCGCUAUCAGAAAACUAAUAACGAGGGCUCAGGCUCGCUCAGGUACACGAUCUGGCAUUUCCCACUACAUGCCGGACGGAAAUGUCCUACUCACACUCGUAGUCUGUUAAUUCGAAUAUUCGCCAUUCCAUUGAAGGUUAAUUGACAGCUGUCAAACUAAAUUAUACGCUGACCAUCAUCACCUGAGUGGAUCUCGGGCUCAUUUUUCUAUCUAUUGAGGUCACGUAGUGUUAAAAGUUUUGCGCUGAUAUUUUAUUUGAUCACGGGCUCAAUUCGAAGCCCCAUAGCUUUAUAGAAAAUCUAUCCAUCCUAGAAAAUUCGGCAAUCACGUGACCGUACACCGAUCACCCGACCUUCUGUCCGUCCGCACCACAGGCAUACCAACGUUUAAUCUCACACUUUCUAGCUAGUUUGGGAGCCUGUAACCUGAUAUUGUACAUCCAUGUUUUGAUUAGCUGUCAAAACAGUGUUUCUGCUGACCAGUAUCGCCUGACCGUAUCGCGAGCUCAGGUAUCGACCCUCUGAAGGUAUUCGCUGACAAGUUGCUACUUUUCAAAUGAUCGCAGGCUCAAGUUCAAUUUUUUUAAAAUGCAUAUGAAAUAAGUCGUGUUUCAUGAGCCGCACUUUAAAAAUGUUGAUUUCGAACUGAUCUCGGACACGAAAAUUCAACCGGCUUUUACAUUUACAUGCAGGGAAGGCAAUCGCUUUUGACUUUUCUCACUGUCACGCGUUGAUCACGCUCUACGUCCAACUUUUAUGUUCUGAUUGGUCAAAAUUUGACAGGUGAGUUUAUGCGGAAAAUUUUUGCAGCGUCUGGAAACUUGCUUAGUGAUAGCUGGAGCUGAGAGAUUUUUGUGUUAUCUUGUGAUGUUUUAAACUGUCUUUUUCUACUUGGUGUACAAAAUGAAAUACAGCUGCUAUCAAGAUUGUUCUGUAAUUCGCGGCUGGUUUGUUUAUUGCGCUUUUAGUUGACAAAUGCACCGCUUGUCAAAGUCUUUGGAAAUCCGAUUUCGGAUGGCAUCGUUUUCAAAAAUGAGCUUACUCACUUGCCCUUGCUUGAGGCGUAAGAAGGUUGAAAAGUCUCAAGCGAUUCUGGAACACUUGAUGACCAUCAGAAGCAGCAUCUCGACUGGUAAGCCUGAGCCAUUAUUGUUUUUGAUGUGUUUUUUUUUUUGGUUUCCUGAAGUCGAGCGUAUGGUUUAUGCGGCUUAAGUUAAAACACGGGCAAUGAUCUAACCUACAAUAGUAUCAGGUUUAAAAAGCCUUUAGACAUUUUUUGACACGCAAAUUCAACGAAAAGGUUCCGAACAUUAUUUAGUUAUGAUUUUGGCUGUAAACAGAAAGCUCUGAGCGAUUUUCUUGCCUCGAGUUCAUCUUGAAAAAGAGCGAACACCGGGAAGCCGGCUUAAAACAUAAAUAAGCAUAUGCUUGCUGACUCAUGAUUUUCUGAGACACUUUACUCUCAAUACUUCCCUUCGUGAACGAAAAUUAUUGUCUCUGUACAUGUUUCACCGAAUUAAACUUAUUUUAUUGAUUGUUAGUAGUCCCUGUCGCAAUUUUCAUCGCUGCACCGGUUGUUUCUAGUCGAACAUAAACUUUGACCGCAUGUAGGAAUACUCCCGGGGGGGGGAGGGGGGGUUGGGGUGGGGGUAAUGCCAUAUAUGGGCUAUGUAGGUAUGUGCCGCUGUGAAGGGUAUGGUUUUCAAUCAGUUUACCCUAGGAUAGGGUAUAUAAAUCAGAGCGUUUGGGUCUAGAAUAGGGUAUCAUUUUUCAGGAAACUGAUCAGUUGGUUGAAGAUUUUAUCUAGACAAGAGAAACAGCUACUCUAGGAUAGGGGGAUUUAGGGAGUUUACUCUAGUAUAGGGUAGCAAAAUUCAGCUGAACUAGCUCUGGUAUAGGUUAAGGGUUCCAGGGUCCCAGCGGCACAUCCCCACCCAGAAAUUCCUAAAGUACCCCCCCCCGGAAUACUCAAAACGCCGCGCGUAAAUAUCACUCGGUUUUAAAGAUUACACAUAACAAAAUCAUACACAGUUUAAUGAAUAAAGGGAAAUAAAACCUAAACAUAACAAUUUCUCUAUCAUGUUGAGGCGUAAAUGGUAACUCUAUUAAUCGCACUGCAAAUUUGGUGCCUGAAAAGGGAGAACCCGUGCGGCUGGCCGAAAAGUGAUUUUGGGAAAUUUUUUUUAUCGUUUUUAUUAAAAGCCCAUAAUUAUUACCCCGCAUGUCACAUAGGACCAGAUUUUUCUAACAGAAAACGUUUUACAAUUCAAUGCUAUCAUUUGUUGUGCAAAGGAAGCGCGUGCUUUGAUCGUCGUGGAUAUUGAAUGAGUGCAAAUUCUCUUGCAAAAUUGUGAAAAACUGCAGAAUUAUAGGUUUAAAUAGGGCAAAAAAGAACAAAUUCUGUCCGAAGUCUGUGUACUGUUUACCUGAGACGUGAUGAGAAAAAGUAUGUUUAAAAGGCUGGUUUACACGCCACCAGAUUCGUCGUCAAGAUUACUAGUAAACUAAACUUGUCGAACACAAAAAAUCCGGCCUUAUUGUUAUUUUAAUUUGGCCUCUCUUUUAGACAGAGGAAUGCAACGUGUAAAUUGGCUGCCACCAAGGACUAUCGUGGCGCAUGUGUUUCUUAAAAUUAUAUUUCGGGGCUGUCCAAUUAUCCAUAGUCUCUCUAACGGAGCAAUGUUGGAGAGACUGGUGAUGCUACAGCUAAUGCAAAUACAUUACACGAAUAGGUCUAUUUGUUUUCCAGGCCUAAUCUAAACCAUAUGUAUUUUGAAGCUGAUUUUAAAGUAUUUAAAAUGUAUUUUCAGUAUUUGAACACUAUUUUACUGUAUUUUAAUCCUAUUUGACAAAGAAAUUUAAAUUUUCGCCCCUGUUUGAAAUAUAUCUUGAGUGUAGUUAAAUUGUAUUUCAUGAAAACGAAAACCUCUUUCAUCAAUUUACAAUGUAUUUUGUUUAAUAAAUAUGAUUAAAAUAGGGUAUUUAAAAUGUAUUUUGGGCAUAGAACCACUAACACUGUUACAAACAGAGUUCAAAUAGACUAUUUGAAAUCUGUUUUAACGGCUUUUAUGCUGACUGUAUUUAAAAACUUUUAAAUAGGGUACUUUAACACUGUUUUGAGUUGUAUCUAAAAUGUAGUUUGAGACGCAUCCACUCACAAAGUUACAAACAUAGUUCAAAUAGACUAUUUGAAAUAUAUUUUAAGAGCCUAAAUGCUGACCGUAUUUUAAAUCCUUUUAAAUAGGGUACUUUAACACUGUUUUGAGUUGUAUCUAAAAUGUAUUUUGAGACUCAUCCACUCAAAAAGUUACAAACAGAGAUCAAAUAGACUAUUUGAAAUAUGUUUUAAAACCUUAAGAACUGACCGCAUUUUAAAUACUUUUAAAUAGGGUACUUAAACACUGUUUUGAGGGUAUAUUUGAAUUGUAGUUUGGGCACACAACACUCUGACUAUAAAAACAGAUUAUACAUAAACUAUUUUAAGUCUGCUUAAAGACAUCAAAUGCUGACCUUACUUUAAAUACUUUAAAGUACUUAUUACUUAUUAUUACUGAGGUGCGAUAUUGUAAUGUACCUUGGGAUACUCAGACUAUAAAAGUAACAAUUGCACAAAGUUAAUUUUUAAUCCUUCAUAGUGUCACGAAUUCAUAAAUGACUCAAAACAAGCUGUCACAUAUUGUAGACCGGAUUCUCUUCUCAACAAAGUUCGAAGCUGAGCGAAAAAUUAAAUCUAAAUUAAAUAAAAAAAAGAGAAGAAAAUUAGGAAUAGAUUUUAGCUUUGACUGACAACACGUAACUGUGACAGUGUGCCGAUAAGAGAUCAAUCCGUUCCUCAUGUUCAUUACCUGCAAGCUCUCUGCGAAAAUCUCCUCGUAGAUUUUAGCCGUGAUUCAAUUAAUGCAGUUACGGCAUUCCAUAAGUUUUUUAAAAGAAACUUCUUAAAAUCUCAUUUUAAUGGAAAUUUUUUCACAAACAGCCGAGGCCGCGGGCCGAGAACCGGAUGCACGCGGUCAACAGAGGUUUAUCUAAAAUAAGCCCUUGAAAUUACAUAAUAAAUAAAUUAUCCAAGCUAAGAUCUCACCUCGUAUAUAUUGCAUCAAGAAACAAAGCUCAGAUCUGAAUAACUCCGACAGAUGGUUACCUUUCUCUCAUAGAUUAUUCCGUACAUGCAUAGCAUAUUAUUUCUGAGAUGUCACGCGCGACUGAAAUCACGACUUCGCGCCGCGGUGAUAUGACAAAUGCACGUGAUAAACAAACCGUCCUUUGUCCUUUGCUCAUUUCAAAUUAUUGAACCCGCGGUUGCUGUGAUUGCGGGUGCGCUUGAUUUUACUGUUUGUUACGAUCUUACAAAAGUACAUUUCAACUCUGCGGAUUGUCUGAACACGUAGAUGUUGCUUUUAUCACGAAUCAAAAAUGGGUAUGACUCCUCAGCGACUACUAUGUACUUUGAAAGGUUCUGGUUCAGGUUCUAUUCGAAGCACGCUGUCUUAUGUGUUAAUCCAAGCGUCUUCUCUCAUGUGAGUAUUAUAACAUGUUACUAAGACGCUUAAGUAUACGCCAUAUGAGAAACAAAUGAAGGGUAGUAAACAUUUAUAUACUCCCGCCUGUACGGCAAUUUUAGUUUUUACAGGGUUCCAUGCUCAUCCUCGCUGUGUUGCAUGAAUAAUCUCAGUCACUUGAUGUCACGCUCUUUCAUUCUCGCGUAAAUUUGAUGGUGUUAUUCUUAUGUUGUUCUUUAUCAGCCAAUAAUUAAUGUUCAGGCGUAGCCUGCAAGCUUCUGAUAAUACUUGAGAAAAGCCGUGAAUAUAAUAAAUAAUGUAAGUUACAUGUAUGUAGAUUAUUAUUUAACGGUAACGACAGUAACGCAAAUCCCUUUUGAAGCCGAAGAUUGAUAGCUGUGUACAGACCCCCUCCCCUCCGAUGUUUAUUGAGGGGAGGGGGUCUGUACACAGGCUAAAGAUUGAUUUCAGCAUUUCUGAAAAAUUCCAUAAGAAUUUCCCGAGAAUGCGUAGGGAAAUCAACGUAAAGUAAUCGGCUGAGAGAUAAUUCUCGUGAAGUCCUGGCCGAGGACUGUGUGGAGAAAUUUCGCAGAGGUAAAUCUUGCUUUUUCAGGGUAAUUUUCGACGGUUAUGUAGUCAUUUUAUUUCAUGAAUUUAAAUGGUAUUUCCAUCCUGUUUUUGUACUGUUUUUAUGCUCUUUCGACCGAUUUUUGUACUGUUUUCAGACAACUCUAGCGCUAUUUUCUUACAAUUUUAUCCUGUUUUUGCAUUUUUGCAUCCUAUUUUUGAUGUAUUUUCGCAAUAUAUGCGUGCUAUUGCUUUUCUUCUUCUGUGGUAUUUUAAUACUAUUUUCAAAGUAUUUUUAUUGUAUUUGCAAAUACGAGUAUUUUACUAAAUUUGGAGACCGAUUAAACAGCUAUUAAAAUAUAUUUUGAGGCAUAGCAUUUUAAUAGCGUUUUAAACAGGUUAAAACACCUUUAAAAUCAGUCGAAAUAUUUUUGUACCUAUUUUAAACCUGUUUUUGUCAAAAUACGUUUAAAAUUGCCAUUAAAAAUAGAAUAGUAUAGCAAAUUAAAAUAUGUUUUUAAAACUGUUUUUAUCCUGUUUUUAUUCCGAUUUAUAAGGUAUUUAAAAACUGUUUUAGACCUGUUUUGAGCCUUUCAAAAGCCCUGGGAUUUUUUUAAUAUUUUAAACGAAUUUUAAAAUACUUUAAAAAUUGUUUUUUAAUAGCAUUUUAAACAGGUUAAAACACCUUUAAAAGCAGUCGAAAAAUACAUUAAAAAUACACUUUUCACUCUAUUUAAAACCUAUUUCAAAAAAGAGGUUAAAAACAGUUUUCAAAAAUAGCUUAAAAAUACAUUCAAAACAGUGUUGGAUUUGGUAAGGGAUACUGUGAUCGAACAUGAUUGCUAUUUUUCGGUGUACAAAUAACUUGAUGUAAAUUUUGUUUCACUCUUGGACGGUCAAAUUCUGAUUUUUCUCCAAAAUCACUCAGCCUUUGCCUCAAACGUCAAAUGAAUGUGCCCUGAUCUGUGGAUUACAAGUUUAUUGUUUGAUUUAAAUUAUGAAUUUAUUAACGGGAGCUUCGCUUUUAGCCCUGGCUAAAUCUAUAUAUUAACAGGAAUAACAAGUAAAAGGUCAAUAACGGCACUAACCAGAAACCUCCUAUCGAUCUCCCAUUUCUGUCGGUUGACAGUUGUAGUAUAGUGCUUAUUCGUUGGAGAACGCCGGGAAAAACGUUUGAAAUCGUCCAAAAUAUGAUAUGCUCAGGCCUCCACAGACCAUUGCUUCACAAGAAAAGCUCGCGGCCCGUCUACCAGAAGUGCGGCCCAUCACAACGUUUCACAUGAGACAACUAGAAUACCUCGAGAAUGUCAAAAGGAAUUUUUUAAGAGCCGAAAAAUUUGUUUAGGAGAGAUAUUCCAAAGUGAAGAUGAUUCAUCGAUCGAAAUAACAUGCAAAAUUGACACACACAACGAAAGAAAAAUCUCGCUUUCUCUAACAUUUCAGUUUAUUGUUCGUCAUCUUACCCACAAGUCUUCUACCAUUUCCUCUUCGUUGUUGUAUUACUAAAAGGCGAACAAAGACCGCUGGAAAAACGCGAAACACAACAGAUGACCACGCCAAUUCAAAUCCGCUCAAAGAUAUUUCCAGCCCGCCAUGCUAAACAAUUAAAAAUGGGAAAUAGACGAAAUGGGUAAGAGAUUGUAGGAGUACUGCUGAUGGAACGCCCAUACCUUCAUUUUUUGGCUUGUGGUUGGACAUAGUAACUCACAGGUAAUACAAUAGAAAACAGGAAAAUACUAAGGAAAAAGUAAAACUGAUCAGAAUAACAUUAUAUUAAGUAUAAGUUACACUGUUGUUAAGAAAACUACACGCAACACAUCUUACGUUUGUCAACUAAUUUCUGGACUGAUAUUUGUUAGAUCAAAUAUUUUAUCAUUUUUAGUCUAUAGCCAUAAAUUGCAGACUAGGAGGUUGGUAUUCUUGCAGGACAGAAGGCGUGUUCAGUGCAAACCUCAACUGAGGCUUGUUGUCACUCACUGAGGAAGACAUUGUGCAACUGUUUAACAGUUAACGUGAAGGAAAAAACUGAGAAACUCCGCUCAUUUAGCAAGAGAAGAUUCUUCACAAAUCAACAACCAAGAAUUUUGAAGAUAUAUUUUUAAAAUAUACGGACGAUUUUGUCAGAACCAAAAUUUCUUGGAUGAAUAGUACAGGUGUACUAGUGCUGGAACGCCCAUACCUUGGUCGUGUAGCUGGUCACCUGUAACUCAUAUACACCAAGAAAUGAAGACAUUAAAACAAUGGAAAAGCGAAUGACAAUAAUCCUUGCUAAUGUAGAAAGAAUUGUAUUUGAGAAAACUUUGAAGCCAUCGACUGAAUUUUUAGUCAACGAAUUUCGAAACUGAUUCCUUUGUUGUAUCAUAUAUAUAUUAGGUCAUUCAUUUUAAUAAAUUGUAAAAUGGUAGAUAUGGCUGUCAAGCAAGACAGCGGGCAUGUUUUAUGAAACGCAAGGCCUGCAUACUAUCACCUGCUCAGGACAACUCUGAUAUAUGGCAUCUUGAGCUACGUUUAGAAUGGCAAAUUUUCACAGUUCAAUCAUACGCCUUGAAGAGUUUGGGGUAAGAAAACUAUGAAAACAGCUCGCUUAAGUCGACGAAUUUCUGAACUUAUUUGUGUAAUCAUUUCUGGUUAAGCAUUUCAAAUAGCAGGUGUACCCUAAAAACUGGACAGUAGGCGUGUUUUAAACACAAAGCAUUUUAUAACGCGUCCAGGACGAAAACAUCAUCGUUUAAUCUUUAACCACGGGAAAAUUAAAAUGAUGGUAUAAGAGACAUUAUCACCAGACAUUUUCACUGGAUGUUUUCUCCAGAGAAAGGCAAUUUUCUUUAAAGAAUUCAGUCCAAGGUUUCCAAGAGAAUUAUGGAGUUGUUUCAAGUUUGUGCUUACAUAUUAAUAUGCGUUCUUCUACGGAACAGCGGUAAGGCAUGUCACAAAAUGAUAUUUUCUUUUAAAUACCAUACUUUUUAAGUAGGAAAAAUUUUCAACCUGACGAUAUACAUUGUAUUUCUGGAGUGACUAAUAUCAGUGUGCCAGAUUUCAUGCUUGUAUCUAAAAGUUGACAAUUUAUCCGAAAUUCCGAGCUAUGUUGACGAACUAGAAAAUAUUGCUGACCACAAAAUGAAGAAUUUUUUUCAAAUAUUUUCAGUUAUUGCGGAAUUCCUUUGUAUAUCUCGUUACAAUUAAAUCAAUUUCUUAAAAUUUUGUUGGAUCGUGUAAAUAGUAAAAUGACUGGCUUUAUCUUCUUUUCGUAAAAAAACUCUUUCAGGGGUCAACGCUUACGACGCUUCUGAAAAAGCUUGUGUGAUGGCCCACAACAAGCUUAGGAAGGUUCAUGGUGCCCAGCCUCUUUUAUGGAGCGAAGAGUUGGGUGACGAAGCUCAGAAGUGGUGUGAAAAACUCGCAAUGAAUGACGUUCUUGAACACGAUAAUAAAACAAUUGAUUAUAAAAACGUGGGAGAAAAUCUUGCCUCUGUAAAUGGCACUUCCCUUACUACCCGGCGAGCGAGCGACCCUCUCCUUGAUUUGUGCCCAAAGGUUGUUCAGCGAUGGUACUCUGAAGAAGUUAACUACAACUACAAGACGGGAAUGCCAAAGGCUAAUGGGUUGCAAAUCAACCACUUUGCACAGGUAUUUAUCUGGUAUAAAGUACCAGGCAGAUUUAGCUAUACCUCUAAAUCCCGUUUGUACGUGGCGAUAUCAAAAGCAAUCGAACAUCAUCCUUUUCUAACCUGAUUCCCGUAGGGGGUGGGGGGCGGUGGAGGUCGUUAACAAAGUUAAAUACUGUACUUUCGCCAAAAAAGGUAUCGUUUCGUAUACCCUCUAUUUACAAAAUAAAUGACACCCCUUUGACUACUAUACCUAGUUUAGAAAUUUGUAUCCCUUUUAACUGCGGUAGAUGCACACUUUUCACAGCCAUGAAAUGCAUUUGUUAGCCCCUUUUGGCCUUUUGACCGAAAUGGCAGAUUUUCAAUUACCCUUUCAUAUAAAUUAACCAGUGAAAUCCCUACCCUUUCAUUCCUCUCCUUUCUCCUCUCCUUUCGGGGUUAAGCCCCCCCCCCCUUUAGGCCAUUAUAGGGAGUAUCCCCUGGGCGCGAUUCCCUUUUGACAGCGGACAUUGUAAACUAAACUAUAACUUUUUGUAAAUACAACUUGCACAGGUUGUUUGGAACAGUACGUUUGAAAUCGGAGUUGGUUCUGCGCGAUCUACCCUUCAUGGUGACAUUGUCUGUGUUCGUUACAGUCCCCGAGGAGCGGAUGGUGACCCAGAGAUGUAUAAGAACAACAUCUUUCCUAAAACAGGUAAAGUUUUCAGAAUAUCAACGAUAAAAUAACCACUCGACUUUCUUGGUUUCGUAAGGUUACGUUAAGGUUACUUGAGUGUUGUAACUAACUGAAAGUUGAAUUAAAUUACGUUUGAUCGAAAAACAUUUUAUUCCUUUUGCAGCCCCCAGUCCAUCCCCAGAUACUACUCAGCCAACUGCUACUACUUUGGCAGACCAAAGUAAGUAAAACGUUGUUUGUUCAAGCAAUGCAUUGUUAUGAUUUUUGUUAGUUAAGCUUCAGCCCAGGAAGGGGCUUAAUUGGCUUAAUUUCGCUGGGUUUGUGCCGCUGGCCUCUCAGAACCCCUACACCAUUAUGGUCUAUUCUGUUGCCAAAUUAUAGACCCCAUCUUCGUCACUCUGGGAAAAAAGUAAUUUUUGCAAUCCCAACUUAUUCACUUUCUGUUUAUGCAUCUACCUUAUAAAGCCAUUCAGCUAGCUCAUCCUGAAAUGAACUGACACAUUUGUUAAACUUAAUGUGGUGUAAAUCUUUCUAUUAUUAAAUCGCUACAUACUUGAAAAAUCAUACCUCAAAAUCUUGAAAAUGUGCGACCCCAUUUUAGUAACUCUUAUAAAAAUACAACCCCAUAACAGUCAAUUAAUCCAGUGUUGAAAUUGCGACCCCAUCCAGAGGCACAUGCCCAUCAGCCUACUACUAGGAAGUACUCCCCCGAGAGCUUCAGCCUUAAAGGAGCUAUGUCACUAUAUUCAUCAAAAGCCUAGCAGUAGGAACAACCACCAACUGAGUGAAAUAUAAAAAUAAACGAUCAUAACAUAAAAGAUGGUAUAAAUAACACAACAAAUACAAAAGAGGGCUCGGGUGGACAAAUUUGUAGAAGAUUCAAACUCAUUUUGCGUAUUGAAAACUUGCCAGCAACAUUUUUUCAAAGUUAAUUUUUGUUGUUUGUAACCUUUGAUACAAUACUCGAGAGGCACAUAUGUUGGACAAGAAGCUGUGAUUUUGUCAUUUACAAAUAAUUUUCUCGCUAACGUCAACUUUCCAUAGCCAAUAAGGAAGGAUAAUAACCACAUAUAUCUGUCUAUUAAUGCUGAAGGAGGGCGUCACUUUUGUCACAAUAUUAUGAUGGUUUUACCAAUGUUUUACUGAGACGCUACUAUAACGGGGAAUAGGGACUGGGAAAACGAAAAAUGGAAACAAAACAAAGAAUUAGUAAUAAAGUCAUUGAUAGGACUGGGGUUCAAAUUUGGUGUUUUUCCUGUUUUCAUUUUCUCGUUUCCUAUUUCCCGUUUUAGCAACAUCCUUGUAUUUUGUUGUAGAUUUAUCGCCAAACACGGCCGACUUUGUAAAACGAUAUACGGGAAGCGUCAGCUGUGGUGUUGGGAGGCAGAGCCGUAUUGUCGGUGGUGAGAGAGCCAAACCUGCAGAGUUUCCCUGGCAAGUCGGCAUCAUAUAUACGACCAGCUAUGGGCGUAGCGGGAUCUUCUGCGGUGGUUCUUUGAUCGACCCAAAGUGGGUAGUUUCAGCUGCUCAUUGCUUUCAAAAGCAGUCGCCAUAUGACAUAUCGGUUUUGCUUGGAGAAUUUGACGUAAACAACCAGGAAGGAAAUGAAGUAACAAUCGUUGCAAAACGGGUAGGUCUGAAGAAAGGCUCUCGGAAGAGAAUAUUGCCAUGAGCUUCGUAGGGAAUAGGCCUCAUAACAAUAAUGACAACAACAAUAAUUAUAAUAUUAACAAUAAUCGUAAUUUGGACAAGACUUGGAUAGGUAAUAGCACGAUUUGUAGUGAUAUUUGGCAUCAAUACCACGAGUGAUAUUUCGAAAUUGAUAUACGUAAUUUGAGACAAUUUGAAAUAUCACUAGUGGUAUUUAUGCCAAAUAUCACGUACAAAUCAUGCUAUUAUUUGUUUAUACUACUACCCGCAAAAGUUUUGCAAUUUUCACAUUUAGGUAUUUCAAAUUAAGCUGAAAUACCAGGUAUGAUGCUGUAUGUAUAACCAGGUAUGAUACUGUUUAGGUAAAACUUUCUUAACUGAUUUUAUGCAAAACUAGGCUUAGUCAAACACUGACUCACGAUCAUAGUAUAUACAUCUGAUAGUCUCAUAUUCACUUUAAUUUUAUAGCUUUUUAUGCAGCUCACAGGUGAUGCAAUAAAUGACAUAGGCGGAUGUGCAUGUGAAAGGGCCAAAUCAGCCCAAAAGAUUAGUCAAUGCAUAGCUUUUUUAACACUCUUUCCGAGUGUACUCCUCCAUUCUAAUAUUUUCGGUUAAAACUUAGCCUAAGAUUUACACAUAAAGCACAGAGUAAAGAAAAAAUAAUAAUUAAGUCGAUGUUUGUCGAUAAAUAGACAACUAAGGGACUUUUUUGGAAAUAAAAUAAUGUUUAUUCACAGGUAAUCAAUCAUCCACGUUAUAGUAAAAGAACAAACGAUUACGACAUCGCACUCCUGGAGCUAGAAAGGGAGGUGGAAUUCAAUGACUACAUGAAACCAGUUUGUCUUCCAGGGGUAGACACCAACUUCGAAGCUGGCAAAAUGUGCACUGUUACUGGUUUUGGAGCUAUCAGAGAGGGUGGCCCACAAGCUACUGCCCUUAUGAAAGCAAACGUCCCUUUGAUCGCUAUGUCUGAGUGUAAGAAGUCUUACUACAUGACUCCCGAUGGUGAACGGUUGAAAGUCUGCGCUGGAUACGCGGAAGGAAGGAUCGAUUCUUGCCAAGGAGAUAGUGGAGGCCCUUUGGUUUGUCAAGAAGGUGGCAAGUUUUACCUGACAGGAGUAGUUAGUUAUGGCAAAGGAUGUGCCAGACCAGGAUACCCGGGCGUGUACGCAAAUGUGAAGCAUUUGUUGGAUUGGAUUCGGCAAAUGACGGGCGCAUAGCGCUCGACUCGCGUUUUCUGUCAAUGGAUAAACAAGUGAAUGAUUCUUCGAUCAUAGUACGUUAUCAAAACCAAUAAAGAAUAUGC